GUGCGCGGCAAAAGCGAGCAGAUCGCUCGCGACGAGGCCCGCGCCAUCAUGCGGUCCCAGAAACACGUUUACGCGUUUCCGUCAGCUUGUUCUAACAGCGACAUGUGCGACUUCAAUUUCACGCAGCGCUGCGAACCAAGUUGCUCCGUGGCUACCGGGCGCCCAGGAACCUUGCUGAGCUGCGUCUUGACCUUCGCCGUCGGUUUGUCGUGCCCAGGAUUCCUGAGCAACGUUCCAGAGUCGCAG